UUUUCUCCAAUCCCCAAAUGUCUUGGGCUGCGUCAGCCAACAAGAAAUUCCCCAAUGCCAGUUCAGUGAUUCACAAAUGAUACAAUGAUAAGGGUGUUCACAGUGGGAGGCAGCACAAGAAACUUCCAAGAAAAAAAAAAAAGCACAUUGCGAUUUUCCAUUGCUCUGCUGGGCGGAGGCUCUUUUUUGGGUGGGCGCUUAUUAAAAAACACCAAAGGGAAAAAACCAUCUGACUGCCUAGAAAACGCCCAGGCCGGCGCCAGCGAAGCCUUGUUUUCCAUCCCCACACAAGCGUCUGUAAAGCUAGAACUCAAGAACUGUUCUAUGGGGAAUUUGUUUUUCUCUUUCCUCUUUUUUUCCCUCAGUUUUCUUGUUUCUAACGCCAUCAGAUUGUUCCGUUUCGGACCUGACGUCUUUUGCAUGACAUCUAACUGCAGCAGAUUUUGUCAGUUUUUAUUUGUUUAAAACCAUAUUGUUAUUUUUCUUCUAAUCUAGCUCCAAAUUGCUCACGGAACUACGUUUUCUAUUACUGCUACACUGCGUACAUACACCUUUGUUUAACUUGGGAUAUCGAUUGCCUGUGGCAUUUUAUCCGCCUGACAUUACUGGUACACCUUUACCUUCCCUUACCUUCCAAUUAAACCUCUCAUUUUUUAUCGGUUCCCCCCGCAUCGUCAAACGGGCCACCACACCCCCAAAAAGCUAUCCUUAAUGGGUUGGGAACCCCCCAAGCUCCAAUUCGACGAUGCAGAUGAAGUGUUCCCCCCUCCUCCGGAUUGGAAACCUCGCCGCAUCGAUGAGGAUGCAAUAACAUACCGUGAUAAAUAUGUCGUGCUGUACGAUUACAGUGAAAUCGACCAGGACAAAGCUAUCCAGGAGCUCGGAGAGCUCGUCCGCGACCUCGAUUCCGUUGGUCUACACACCGAAGUUCGCGCAGGCCACGAGCAGACCCUGCUUAUAUUCGUCAAAGCUCCGAGGGAGGUCCUCGGCAACUAUGUCUACAAGUCAAGGGUAAAAGAUUGGCUCUAUGGAGUUUCCAGCGAGCGCCCAGCGGUCGGGGCCAAGAAUCAGAUUGUCGACGGCGCCUUCGAGGCCGAGGACCUGCUGUCCAUGUACCACCUGGUCAGCUGGAGCAAGAGCCUGGGCGGCGCCGGAAUCACGCCGGGUCUCGGGAAAUGGGAGAGGGUAAAGUCGAUAUUCCCUCUACACAACGAAAGGGUCAACCAGGGGCUGCUCAUCGACCUGAGCAAGCGCAUAUUCCUGACCAGGACCGACCUGGACCGCAUCCGGAACCUGUUCGGCGCCAAGGUGGCCAUGUACUUUGCCUUCCUGCAGACUUACAUCGUGUUUCUCUUCUUCCCGGCCGUCGCUGGAUUCCUGGCCUGGGCGUUCCUGCCCAAGUACUCCCUGGGCUUUGCUCUGCUCAUUGAGCUCUGGUGCAUCACCUUCCUCGAGUACUGGAAGCUGCAAGAGGUCGAUCUCGGCAUCAGGUGGACCGUCAGGGGUACCGGCGAACUCAAGGUCAACCGGCCAAAGUUCCAGCCUGACAAGAUCACUCGGGACCAGACCGGUGAGCUGGUGCACCACUAUGCCAAGUGGAAACAGGUCGUGUGGCAGAUUCCGCAGAUACCUUUCUUUGUUGCGUCGCUGGUCAGCCUGGGAGGCAUCAUCGUUAUGGUGUUUGCCCUUGAGGUUCUGAUAUCGGAAGCGUACGAGGGCCCGUACAAAUAUUAUCUCGAAUAUCUCCCUACCGUUCUUCUUGCUGUCCUCCUGCCCCGUAUUUCGGGCUUCCUAGAGGGCGUCACAACGACUCUGACCGAGUGGGAGAACCACCGAACCGCAGACACGUACGAAAUGUCCCAGACGCAGAAGCUCUUCGUGCUCAACUUUAUCAUCAGCUACCUGCCAAUUUUCCUGGUCGCCUUCGUAUAUGUGCCUUUCGGGGACGUCAUUGUCCCCCAGCUCGAGGCCUUGGUCCACCGCUUUAUUUCAGCCAGCCACAUGACGUCGGCCUUCCACUCGGACCCGGAUAAGCUCCGUAACGAGGUCAUCGCCCUCACCGUGACUGGCCAAAUCACCGGCGCGGGCGAGGAGCUCAUCCUGCCGUACAUCCUGCACAAGGGACGCAGCUGGUACAGAGACUGGCGGUCGGCGCGCAUCUCGCGGACCAAGACCAUCGACUUCAAGACCGUCAUGGCGGAUGACCCGGCCGAGACGGAAUUUUUGCGCCGGGCGCGCAACGAAGCCGACCUCGAGACCUAUGACGUGCAGGCAGACUACCUCGAGAUGAUACUGCAGUUUGGGUACCUGGCCUUGUUCUCUCCCGUGUGGCCCCUGGUCCCCAUCGGAUUCCUGGUCAACAACUGGUUCGAGCUGCGGUCCGACUUUAUCAAGAUCUGCCACGGCUCGCAGCGCCCCGACCCGGUCCGUGCCGACUCGAUCGGGCCCUGGAUCGAAAGCCUCGAGUUCCUCACCUGGGCCGGCAGCAUCUCGACGGCGGCCAUCGUGCACAUCUUUGGCGACCGCGACACGUGGGGCGGCCACCUGCUGCACCGCGGCGAGUGGUGGUCCCUGCCGCUGACGGUCUUUGUGAGCGAGCACGUCUACCUGCUCUCGCGGGCCGUGGUGCGCAACGUGCUGAACCGCAUUGGGUCGGAGCAGAUCCGCCGCGAGCGCCGGGAGCGCUACGUCAUGCGCAAGCAGUUCCUCGCCGAGCUCGAGGCCAACAACAAGGCCGCCACCGGUCUCGACGUCAAGGAGCGCGAGCGCCGCAAGUCGGUGCGCGUCACCGGCGCAGACCUCUUCUGGACCAAGCAGGUCGACGCCGAGCUCAGCUACGAGGCCGGUGCGAACAUCAUACGAACGCUCAAGGCCGACGCCGAGCAUCCCUCGGAUUUCGAGGUCAAGGAGGAGUGACUGUUUGAAGGGCCAAAGCCGACGUGGUCGAAUGGUUGUACCAACUCUAGUAUAGAAUGAGAAAAGGAGAGACAAGGAGAAAGAAUGGAUAUCAGUUUCUAGUAUACUGGUAUGUUUAGUGCAGCGGACAGCACUGUUCAAACAGGUCAUAACCGCUGGAUUCGAUGAACGAUUUUCUUUGUCUUCCAUCUUUGCUUUGUUACAACGCAACUUAAUUGUACUAUCGCUAUCAAUAGCAUAUAUGAAGCUUGGAUUGGCUAAUAUGGCACGGAACUAAGCUUCGGUAUAACAAAAAAAAACAAAAAAAAACAAAGAGAAAACAUUUUUGGGGCACAGGUAUUGUUUGUCAAUGAUUUGGGAUGCUAAACGAACUACUAUAAAAUCAAGAACAGAGUCAAACCCAAAUAUAAAGAAGGGAAAAUACGACGUCUUGCCUUUUCAUAACCGACCUAUUUUAACUAGACUAAUACAUAUACCCAAACACAUACCGACUUGCAUCAACACAGAUACUGAGUACAGUUGACAAC